GCUGACGUCACGGCUGUACGUCGGCGGCAGCUCGCUGUGGAGGAAUGUGCGGAAACUUCUCCGUCUACACUUUUCUCUCCGCGCUGUUCGUCGAAGAAAGUAAAGCACGAAGGUGGAAAAAGUCCACGAAACUUGAGUAAAGUUUGGAUCGGAGGAGUCGCUUUUCGUCCCUGUAGAGGUGAAGAGCUGAACUCAACAUGUCCGCUCAGACUGUGUUUUCGGUGGAGAUGUUUCCUGUGGGUGUUUCUCUGAUGGAGGACGGUCAAAGUCUGAACGACAUGCCCAGGAACACGCUGCCCGCCCCUCAGCUGGUGAUGCUAGCCAACGUGGCAGCGGUGACGGCGUCGGAGGGUGGCAGCGGUGGCUGUGAUGGCAGCGCAGCCGACGAGAAGGAGAUGAUGGAGCUGAAGACGGUGGGAUGCAGCUACUCGGACAGCGAGGACGAGAGCAUCAUCAGGUACAGCUAUGACAACCAGAACCACAGAGAGGUCUGUAUCAUCGAGUAUCCAGAGUCUCCAGGCCCAAGCAUCAAGGCUGUGGUUGUCGGUAACAAUGCAGAGGAGGAAGAGGAGGACGAUGGGGACAAAGCUGAAGACCUGUCCCGCCGCCCUCAAACCCGUCCCUCCACCGCCACUAAAACACAGGUUGCCAAACGUAAAGACAGUCCCCCCGCUGCUGUGACGGAGAGCACCAAGAAGAAGAAACCUUUCCACUGUAAACCAUGUCACUUCCAGGCUCAGAACGAGCAGGAGUUCGUAGAACAUCUCAGCACCCACAGCAUCAGCAAGAUGAUGGUGGUGAACCGGGUGGAGGGGCGCAGCAAGACCAAGACCAAGGAGGCAGAAACACCUGAGUCCCAGGCUCCUUCAGGUGGGGAGGGGGAUGGUAGCGGGGAGGCAGGAGCCACAGCGACAACAGGUGACAUCAAAGGGCUGAUCAGGUGUGAACGGUGCGGAUACAACACCAACAGAUACGACCAUUACAUCGCCCACCUGAAACACCACAGCAAGGAGGGAGAGGAUCACAGGGUGUUUAAGUGCACUCUGUGUCCAUACACCACCGUAAGUCAAUACCACUGGAGGAAACAUUUGAGGAAUCACUUCCCCAGCAAACUGCACACCUGCAGCCAGUGCUCCUACUUCUCCGACCGCAAGAGCAACUACAUCCAACACAUCCGGACGCACACAGGUGUGCGUCCUUUCCAGUGUCUGUACUGUGACUACUCCAGUUCACAGAAAACCCACCUGACCCGACACAUGAGGACUCACUCAGGUGAGCGUCCCUUCAAGUGUGAGAGCUGUAACUACCUGGCAGCCAAUCAGCAUGAGGUGACCCGCCACGCCCGGCAGGUCCACAAUGGCCCCAAACCUCUUUCCUGCCCCUACUGCGACUACAAGACCGCAGACCGCAGCAACUUUAAAAAGCAUGUUGAACUCCACCUCAACCCUCGCCAGUUCCUCUGUCCGCUCUGCAAGUACGCUGCCUCCAAGAAAUGCAACCUGCAGUACCACAUCAAGUCCAGGCACUCUGGAUGCAACGUCUCCGUGGAUGUCUCUAAAGUCAAACUGCGUGUCAAGAAACCCGGUCCUGAUGGUGCAGAGGAAAAUUCAGACUCCAGAGCAAGCAAGCUUGACAACUCAUCCAGCAUCGAGGAGGACUUUGACAUGGACGACGGGGACGAGCAUGAGGCUGUGGACUCGAGCCCCAUCAAUUUGUCAAUCAGAAAGAGCAGCAGGCCUAGUGUUGCUCAACCUUCACAGAGUGAAACACCGGACAAGGCUCAGAAGAAAUCCAGCGCCACUUCUGAGAAAGAGAAACUACCGAAGCUGAAGGACAAGAUUGAACCAGAGAAAAAGGUCACAACAAGGCAGAAGAAGGCUGAGAAGGUCAACGAGAAUCCUGCAGAGAACACAACUGUUAAAGAAACCCAGGCUGAGACGAUAACAGCUGCUGUAAAUACAGACACCAAGGUGAAGAGACGAGUCAAGAAGCUACCAGCAGAAAAACAGACUGUCCAGGACCAAGCAGAAGUGCCUGAAUCCCAAAAAGACCAAAUGGAGACAGAGAAAUCUGACCAACAAAAAUCCAAGGAGGAGAGAAUAGUGAGGCAGAAAGUGACAAAGGAGGAAGGGAAAUUAAGGCCUGAGAAGGAAAAAGAACAGCAGAAGAAUGAUAGCAGUGGAAAGGAGAACAAAAGCAUCAACAAGCCCAGGAAGUAUGGAUCAAGGAAGUCAGAGAAAAUUACAGAACCUGUUGAGGAAGCUCAGCAGAAACCAGAAAGUCAUGAGAAAAAUCAAAAGGAAAAGGUGGUUAAAGAAAAGCCCUCAAAGAGGAAAGCAGUGGAGGCAUUAGAUCUUUCCCAAAAGUGCUCAUCUGAGACGCCAUCCAAAGCCAGACGACUGAAAGCCACAUCUGCUGAGAAGGUGCAGUCAAAACUUGCUUCAGAAGACAAGUCAAAUGAUGCCACUCCAAUUCAGCAAAAGUCCAAUGGGACAACACCAGUAAAGCAGAAGAAGACCAGGAGCUCCAACAAGAAAGCCGCAGGCCUUCAACAAGCUGUGGAUCCAGCUAAAGACAAGACAAGGUCAGUCACCAGUCUGACCACAGAGGCUCCAGAAGCAUCCGUUCAGCUGGACAACUCAAAGCAAACCACAAACUCUGAGCACCAGCCAACAGAAAACAGCCCAGCACAGAAGAAGACCUUCACAGACGACACAGUCUCAGCUGUGCCAGAAAAGACUCUGGACAAACCUUCAGAGAAGAUGGAUGUUUCACCCUCCUGCAGCUCAGGUGAGGACACACCCUCUUCAGCUGAAGACCGGCCUGCUCCAACCUUCCUAAAACCCACAUCACCACCUUCUCUGGUGCUUCCAAGUCAGCGAAUCAAACCCGCUGACCCAGAGGACGACGAAGGGAUCCACAGCAGUCACGAAGGGGGAAGUGACAUCAGCGACAGCGCCUCUGAGGGCAGCGACGACUCUGGCCUCAAUGGCAAUGGCAGUGGGUCGGGUAAGAUGGCCAACGACCCCGAAACGCCUACUGACGAGAUCCCAACACCAACGGAGCUCAAGAGUCACAUGUGCAUCUUCUGUGACCGUACGUUCCCCUUGGAGGCGGAGUACCGCCGUCACCUGAACCGUCACCUCGUCAACGUCUAUUACAUGGACAACACCACUAAAGGACAGAAAUAAGGAUCUGUAUCCAGUAAGCUGAGCUGGCAGAGCAGUUAAUCCCAGUUCUAUGGUCAUUAUAAACGGUCUUUUCAUAUAUUAAUACACAAACUGUUUGAGAGCCUGUAUCCUAAAAAAUGGUUAUAUAAACUCUAUCUCUUAUCAGAUGUUAGAUUCUGAUCUGACCUGACGACAGUCUGCUCUGUGUAAAUAUACCGACAUGUAGGUGGAUGAGUUUAUGUCAGUACAUUGUCAGAUCAUGUCAAGUCAUCAUUAACUUUCUUAACCUGUUAAUUCCUUGAGAUGAAUUCUUAAAAGGACCAUUUUUGAAAUCCUCAUCCAACUGCACCGAUGAAUUCAUGACCUCAAGUCAAGGAAGUUUUUUUUCUGGGAUACUGACAGAUUUGAACAUCACCCUGCAUCAGUCUGUGACAAACUGUCAUUGUAAUAUAAAGUUUACGGGAGAGGUCAGAAAAACAGUUUUGUCCAAAUAUUAUUUCCUAAUGCUAAAAGUGGAUUUUCCAUUUUUAAAAACCUUCAGUGCCUUUGACAAUCAUGUCUGUGUACAGUAAAACUUCUUAGCUCUUCUUUUUGUUCUAUUUCAGUAACUGGGUGAAAUGACUUAUUCUCCUUUUUUAUGAGCACAAGAUAUUUUGACGUGUUUAAAUCCAAAAAGACGAUCCUGCAAAACAUGCACAGUGUGAAUAUCUGUGGAGGACACGUCUACAGAUCUUAGCUCAUUAUAAAACACCACCUUGUAUUUUUUAAUAGUCCAGGACUGAACAGUCUUCAUUUAGAACCACGUCAGUCUUGUUUUGGUGCUAGGCGAGAAUAAAGAGAAACUACAUUUGGCCUUUAGAAAACCAUUAGACUGUAGCAGAAGAAAAAGAAUAAAUGCAACUUAUUUCAUUGUAAAUAAUUUCGUGCAAUAUUCCCUUUUUUAGUUAAGAUGCCAAAGUGAAUUUCUGUCUUGUGUAGGUAUUUUCUUCUGACUGUAAAGAAAUGUUUUUUUUAUUUUCACCUUUCUUGAUCUGUUUCCACAAGUGACCUCUAUCACCACCAUAAUAUUUUCAUUAUGGACUGUUCUGUCGAUUAUCAUUACAGUUAACAAAUUGUUUAAAUAAACAGUCAAACCCUGGUUCAGUUGACUGACAGAGAAAAGCAGAAAAUCUGAGAAAAGGUUUAGACUGAACGCUCCCUGUUAGCAGUGAUUUAUUAGUUUCUCAUUAACAGGAUUUCUUCCUCUAAUGGAAACAGAUUGAAAUUAGCAUUAUAACUGUCGUAUGUAUCGUUAUUAUCUGUUUGCUCUUAUUCUCUCUACAAACCUAACACGGUGAGGUGAAGGUUAAAUUUAACCUGUCAAACUGUCUUCUGCUCUUUGUUUUUUAAAUAAAGACUUUCAAAAUCA